AUGUCCAAACUUGCCUACCGCCAUCACCCACUGACCAACCCAAAUGAAUUCAAUACACAAUGUGCUCAAGCCAUCAUGGACAGAAUUCAAAAUGCACUCAACAAACAUUCUCGUGCCAUGAUUGGCUUGAGUGGUGGUUCUACUCCAAUUCCCAUCUAUAAAAUCCUUUCCGAACUUUUAAAACCACUCCUUCCCAACAAGAAUAUAAUUUUCUUUUUAAUGGAUGAUCGUUAUGUUCCGAUGGACCAUGCUGACAGUAACCAAAAAUUAGUAUUGGAUUCUCUCAAUGUUACUCAGGACCAAGUUACUCUCCUAUUUCCAAACAGUCAAUUACCCAUUGAUGAAUGUGUGAAAGAUUAUCAAGAGAGAUUACAACGUGAAUUAGAAAAGCAACCCAAUCAGAGAGUUACUCUAUCCACUUUGGGAAUGGGACCUGAUGGUCAUACUUGUUCCAUAUUUCCAGCCACUACAAAGAAUAGUGACAUUUUCUGUGAUGAAUUCAAAGUGGUGCACACGACCACUACUCAAUUUGCAGUAUUUGAUAGAAUCACUGUGAAUUAUCACUUUUUAUUGAAUCAAUCAGAAGAAUUAUUCAUGUUUUUCAGAGGAAAAGAUAAGUGGCACUUAUGGAAAGAAAUGGAACAGUUCAUUUUGGAGAAGAGAAAUGGCUCUGCCCAUGAUACCAAUGAUUGGUUGAAAUAUCCAUGCCUUCCAUUUUUAUGUAUGGACAAUUGUGUUUUAUUCAGUAGUGACUGA